AAGUAGGAGCUCUUAUAGAUAUAAAGUUACUUGGCUUAUGUGAUGACUUGGUGAUUACAUAUAGUUCUUCAUUCGGUUUUCUUGCAGCAGGAUGGUCGCAAAAAGCGUCACGUCAAAGAGGACCAUUUGUUGUAAUGCCUAUAAGAGAUUCAGAUGAUGAUUUAUGGCUUGUAGAUAAAGUUUGGAUUUGGGGUGCUAUAUCAAGUGAGCCGUGUAUGUAUUUAAGCAAGGAGCUAAUGGAAUAUGAAGAUGAAGAAACUGUUACAGUUUUUAAAACUAAUCCGUUAUGGAUGCAUUAUAGUCAGUGUCAUUG